UUUGAGCUAGGAUCUCGUGAACUAUUUGCCAGGGCUGGCUUUGAACCAUGAUCCUUGUAAUCUCUGCCUCCUGAAUAGUUAGGAUUGUAGGCAUGAGCCGCUAGUGCCCAGCAGGAUUUGGGUUCUUAAGCUUUUUUAGUCCCUGUUUGCUUAUUCCUCAGUUAGAAUCUGGUCAAGCUACUACUAUGCAUGGUUCUGCUGCUUGUUUUUUUUUCUGCUGGUGUUGGGAAUUGAACUCAUGGCCUUGGACGUGUUGUCUAAGCACUUUACCACUGAUCUAUAUACCUAGCCCAUGAUUUCAUUUUUUAAACACUAAAGUGCUCAGUCUUUUGAAUUGAAAGCCUGUGAUUUUUGACUUUUUUUUGUUUGCAGAUUAUCACUUUUUAUCAUAAUGUACUACCAUUCAAACAAUUAGUACUUAAACUUGGGCAUUUGUUAUCCAGAAUAGUCUUAGGUCUGUGUAUACUGAUAUAUUAAAAUAGCUUUACAUCUAUUGUAUUUAUUGUAUUUUAUUCAACUCAAACUUUUGUGUGUGUGUGUGUUUUUCCCCGUAUAAUCUGUAACUUAAUUGGAAUAGUUCCAUAGGAUACAAUACUGACCUAAGAAAUUAUUCGGCCUACUUGAGAUUGGCAUAAUUAAGUGGUGGUUUCCUCAUGAAUUAUUUAUAUCUUUUGUAAAAUAUGUGGAACAUACAAAUAUUUCCUUAGUACUUAUGGAUAUCUUUUUCUUUUAAAAAUAUUUGAAAUGUGGCUGGAUAAAAGCUUAUUAAUACAAGUUGAGUAACCAUAAAUGUAAACCUGUCCUGUCAGAUGUUAUUUAUCUAGAAUUAAUUUCUACUUUUUCCCCCCCCUUUUUUGCCAACGUAAAGUGGCUAAAAGCCAAGCAUGGAAAUAACCAGCCUGCAAGAACUGGCACACUGUCGAGAACAAAUCCUCCUACUCAGAAACCACCAAGUCCUCCUAUGUCAGGCCGGGGAACAUUGGGACGGAAUACUCCUUAUAAAACCCUGGAACCUGUUAAACCCCCAACAGUUCCUAAUGACUACAUGACUAGUCCUGCAAGACUUGGAAGUCAGCAUAGUCCAGGAAGGACAGCUUCUUUAAAUCAAAGACCAAGGACACACAGUGGAAGUAGUGGAGGAAGUGGAAGUCGAGAAAACAGUGGAAGCAGUAGUAUUGGCAUUCCCAUUGCCGUGCCUACACCUUCACCACCUACUAUUGGACCAGAAAACAUUUCUGUCCCUCCUCCUUCUGGAGCUCCACCAGCACCACCUCUGUCACCACUUCUCCCAGUGAACACUGUGAUAGCAGCCCCGGGCUCAGCUCCUGGUUCGCAGUAUGGCACAAUGACCAGGCAGAUUUCUCGACACAACUCUACCACUUCUUCGACAUCUUCUGGUGGAUACAGACGAACUCCCUCUGUGACUGCUCAAUUUUCUGCUCAGCCUCAUGUUAAUGGAGGUCCACUUUAUUCUCAAAAUUCAAUUUCUAUUGCUCCACCCCCUCCCCCUAUGCCUCAAUUGACUCCACAGAUACCUCUCACAGGCUUCGUGGCCAGGGUGCAGGAAAACAUUGCUGAUAGUCCAACUCCACCACCACCACCUCCACCAGAUGACAUUCCCAUGUUUGAUGACUCUCCACCUCCACCACCACCUCCUCCAGUGGACUAUGAAGAUGAGGAAGCUGCAGUAGUUCAGUAUAAUGAUCCAUAUGCAGAUGGGGAUCCUGCGUGGGCCCCUAAGAACUAUAUUGAGAAAGUUGUUGCAAUAUAUGAUUACAAAGACAAGGAUGAUGAGCUGUCAUUUAUGGAGGGUGCAAUCAUUUAUGUUAUAAAGAAGAAUGACGAUGGCUGGUAUGAAGGAGUCUGCAAUCGAGUGAGUCUCUUCCCGGGAAACUAUGUUGAAUCAAUCAUGCACUAUACUGAUUAACCUUUUUCUUUUUUUCCUUUUAAAGUAGGUUCUUAUUAUUACUCAGUCAUACUGUGGACUAUUUAUGGUUAACAGAAUUGUCUUAAUGUCUUAAAUGUGCCCAUUUUUCAGAACAUGCUGUUUAUUGGUAUAUUUGAAUGUUACCUGUAAGCAUAAAUCAUUGAGGCAGAUUGUGUAUUGCUAAGUAGCAAUUUAUACAAAAGCUGUCCAUAUACUGAUUAUGCUUAUGUACUACUUACACAUUAGUAAUUAUGACCAGCCUAAAUAUUCUGGGAUAUGGGGUAAAAUAAUUUACAAGUCAUGAUUCAUUGUACCAUUACAUACAUGUUUCAGUGCAGCAUGGUUACUAACGCUAUGUCAGAUUCAUAUUAAAAUCAGAAAACUUAAAUGCUGGUGCUGGUCACACUUUUGUUUAGAUUCUCAUUUUUAAAAAUACUGUUUGUUUAAAGCAUGCAUAAAAAUUUAUGUAUUGAAAUAUAUUAAAAUUCAAGAUGCUUCUAAUAUGUGUAAUACUUAACCUGGAUACUCACACUUACAGGAGUCUCUAAGGUGUCCAUGUGAAACAAAAAAAGGUAUCUGUAACGUGGUCAUUGUAUCUAUAAGUUUUUUAAUGAGUGAAAUUUGAAUUACAGAUUUUUUCAUUCAUAAUAUGUAAGUGAACCAAAGGUUUUUGUCCUUUCCUUUCACUGGUUUGCUUUAAAAAACAAACGCAAAGCUGUUUUACUGCAGAAUUAUGGUUCUAUUUCUCAAUGUAUUUAACUUGGAAAAAAAAAUUUUAGCCUUAUCUCAAUCUGUCCCACAUCAAUGUGACAGAUUUUUUCAGAUUUAAAAUAUGAUUUACAUGUCAAUCUACUGAAUUCCUUUUUUAAAGUAACUUCUGAAGCUAAGAAAAUGUCAAAGUGCACAUCAUUCUUAGGUAAAAUUCUUGAGGAUUUCCCUGUUGUCCUUCAGUUUUACAGUGGACUGUUGUACAAUGGCUCGAUGAAAGGAAAUUGUAAGUAUCUUUUACAUAUAUUGUAAAAGUGGAUGCAAUUAAUUUGUGAAUAGGCACUAUUUAAACUCAUUACCUGGCACUAGCAACAUAAGAUUUUAAAUAAAAUGAUUGGGAAAGAAGGUAGGUCAUGUAUUAAUCAGUGAACAGAGACACAAUUAACCACAGUUUGUACUGUCUUUUGACGUAACUGAAAUGCAACACAUGCACUUUGUGUGUCUCCUCUUUAUGGAGGGUUCUAGGGAAGUUUCCUCAUCUUGUGUAUAAUUCUGUCUUGCUUAGGAUAUUAAAGUAGAACCAAAUGUGAGUUUGUGUAUUGAGGAUUUAUUUGGAUUUUCAAAUUACAUUGUGUUACUGGGUGUUACACACAACAGCAUAGUGAAUGGGACUAGUGCGAAACAUUUAUUUCUGAAAUUAAAGACCAUUAUUGCUACAAAUCAAUGUGACUGUUUCAUACGCAUUUUGCCUUUGUUAAUUUUAAGUAUCAUUAGUGAUCAGCUAGCUAUUUCGAUUCUUUUUUCAAGUGGAAUGUUCUCUUAAUUUGUAUAUAACUGUUGUCUAAAUUUUGUAUAGUCUUUUAUAAUAAAUCAUUCUCCUCUAUGAAGUUUUUGAUACUGUUAAAAUGUAACUAAUGUGGAUUUAGUGCAGACUUCACAGUUUCUCCUUUAUUCCUAUGGUAAAAUAAGACAAACCAUUAGAAUUUAACAUUAUUUAUUUGUGUAAUGGUUUCACAUGUGGAUAUUAACAGUGUAAACAAUACCACAUGAAACCAUCAAGAUACUCGAUUAGAAUUUAUGUAAAGCUACAAUGACAGAUUCAGGUGAUUUAACUACAUUUUAAAAGUUUCUGAAAACUUGCCAA